CUCACUCACUCACUCGGCUUGCGUUCGUUACUUUCUCCUCUUCUCUUUCCCCUUUCUGCCCUUUUCAUUCUUUCCUCACUCCUCACCUGCAUUUGCGUUUCCAUCCUCCAUCCUCCGUUUGUUUCCCUGGAAAGGAAAAGAAAGGAAACAUUUUUCUUGCUUCUCCAGCCAAACUACGAAGAACCCAUCAAAACCCAGAGCCCAUCUUCGGCCGUUGAGGGACAAAUGUGUGUAAGUUAGGCUCAUGAGAAUUGGAAGCAAUGGCGUUUAAUUGAGCUGCGGAGGGAAUUGGGGGGGGAAGAGAAAAUAAUGUCUUCUUCGAGUAAGACUGAUAAGAAGGCGGCUGUGGACGCAGCCGCAUGGAUGUUCAAUGUGGUCACAUCAGUUGUAAUCAUCCUUGUGAACAAGGCAUUAAUGGCUACCUAUGGCUUCAGUUUUGCUACCACCUUAACUGGUAUGCAUUUUGCAACAACGACCUUGUUAACACUUGUACUUAGGUGGAUGAAGUAUAUUCAGCCAUCUCACCUGCCAGUAUCAGAGCUUCUUAAGUUCGUUCUGUUUGCAAACUUCUCUAUCGUUGGGAUGAACGUCAGUUUGAUGUGGAACUCAGUUGGAUUUUAUCAGGUGAGGUUUAGUGAAAUAUGCAAUGUCUGUUAUCUCAUUACAAUGUUGACGUGGAAUUUACAAAGUUUUCUCUCCACAACUUUUCAGAUUGCAAAAUUGACAAUGAUACCAGUUUCUUGCUUUCUGGAAGUAGUCUUAGACAACAUGCGAUAUUCAAGGGACACAAAGCUUAGCAUAGGAGUAGUUCUGCUUGGCGUUGGGGUGUGCACUGUGACAGACGUCAGUGUCAACUUCAAUGGAUUUUUAGCUGCAUUUGUUGCUGUUUGGAGCACUGCCCUGCAGCAAUAUUAUGUACAUUAUCUUCAGCGAAGGUAUUCUCUGAAUUCCUUCAACUUGUUGGGUCACACUGCUCCAGCACAAGCUGGUUCUCUACUUUUGGUUGGGCCCUUUCUGGACUACUGGUUGACGACAAAAAGAGUCGACGCGUACCCUUAUUCCUUGACGUCUGUGCUGUUCAUAGUGCUAUCGUGCACCGUCGCCAUAGGAACGAACCUCAGCCAGUUCAUCUGCAUUGGGAGGUUCACCGCGGUUUCCUUCCAGGUCCUGGGUCAUAUGAAGACGAUCCUCGUGCUGGUCUUGGGCUUCGUCUUCUUCGGGAAAGACGACCUUAAUUUCCAUGUGAUUGUGGGCAUGAUCAUUGCUGUGGCCGGGAUGAUUUGGUACGGCAAUGCCUCAUCGAAGCCUGGGGGCAAAGAGCGUCUGAGUUCCCCGGCUAACAGCAGCACCAAGUUCCAGAAAUUGGAAACUGCUGAUGCUGAUGAUAAAGUUUAGACACCACUAGAUAAAUUUAGAACAGAAGAGGAAGGAGGUAAAGAAAAGGGAGAGGACAGGAUGAUUUCUAGACUGGCAUUUUCAGAUGAAUUUUAGUUCUAAGUAUUGGAUGUUGAUUACAUAGCUUCUUUUUUCUGUUUGGAUCAUAGUUAGGGUAAAGUAUGGUUCUAAAGGAGGUGAAAUACAAUGGGGGUUACAAAGAAUUAUUUGUGACCAUGAUGUUCUCUCAAGAAAUUAAUUAUUGAUUUCAAUAUUGAAUUUCUGAAUUUUCUUGCCUUAAUCUAGCACGACUUUAGUCGAGAACCAUUAUUUCACUUGCUCGAAUAAUG